UUUACUGGUAGCUAAAAAAAAUCGUUGAGAAUCCACCUCUAUUUCAACUUUUCUUUGAUAUAAGUAUGUCUAUCGUAGUCUAGUCUGUAUUACCCACACCACAGUACAAGCUUUGCUUAGUUUGGGGCUAAGUCGAUCCGUAUUUUUUUUUAAUGUAAACAAUGUAUUUCCCAGUUAUUUAAUGUAAACAAUGUAUUUCCCAGUUUUUUAAUGUAAACAAUGUAUUUCCCAAUUUUGUAAUGUAAACAAUGUAUUUCCCAGUUUUUUAAUGUAAACAAUGUAUUUCCCAGUGGUCGGGUGCUUGAUCUACUACAUUGUGGCGGUGCUCGGCGCCGCCCGCAACAGCCACAGCUUCGUGGCUCAGAAGGCGUUCUUCCUCAGCUUCAGCGUGACCGUCUCCGGGAGCGCGUGGGCCGACAUCGCUGCCGGCUUCAAGGUCAUCAGCGCUAAGGCUGACCUUGAUGCUAUUGUCAAAGUUUACACUAAUAGCAAGGGUGAGUUUAAAAAAAAAUUGUUGAAGGUCGUCAAUUUUUUUUUAUACUACGUCGGUGGCAAACAAACAUACGGCCCGCCUGAUGGUAAGCAGUAUCCGUAGCCUAUGUACAGUCAACCAAUUUGAAUCCUAGGCCACUAUAGAACCUUGUCGCCUUAACUACUAGAUACUUGACACGCAUCACUCAAUAAGCACUGUCGUAGAAGUCAUUAUGGCAUGGUUCUAUGGUGGCCUAGGAAUCAAAUUGGCUGACUGUAAGCCUGCAACUCCAGAGGAGUUACAUGCGCGUUGCCGACCCUAACCCCCACCCUCCCUCGUUGAGCUCUGGCAACCAUACUCACCGGCAGGAACACAACACUAUGAGUAGUAGUAGGUUCUAGUAAUAUUUGGCUGCGGUUUUCUGUAAGGUGGAGGUACUUCCCCAGUUGGGCUCUGCUCUAGAUCUGGAAUGAUAAAAGUAAUAUUAACUGCUUCCUACCCUAGUCAGUAGUGACCCAGUCUAAAAAGCACGAAUCCUGGUAAUGGCAUUUAUUUGUGUGUUUAUUAACUUAAAUUUGAUUGUUCUCCCAGGACUGCAGUCCCUGUCCGGCGCUCGCCUGCUCUUCUUCAACUGCGCGUACAGCUUGGCCGACAUCUGCGCCAAGGGCACCAGCAUCGUCGAGGCCGAUCUGACCUCCGUGUUCCGUGUGGUGGUCACCCUGCUCGGCGGCUUCGCUAACAGCCUUACGGCUAACGCCGGCAAGAUCAUCUGUGAUAAUCUGCUGUCGAAGACGAGCUACUAUCUCCAACAGAAUGGAUACGCAUCGUUCAGCAGCAGCGUGACCGAGUCCAUCUACGCUGACAUCGCCACGUGCAACAACGUGGCCGUCCCGUGGUCGGGCUCUGUCUCCAACUAAAUACAAUAUACGACAUAGUUACCUUACAGGAACAACAUUUACUAAAUAAGUAAAUACACCCAUCCCGC